CGAUACUCUCUGUUCUCUAAUCGCCACUCUCUGUUUCUCUCUCUCUCUCUCUCUCUCUCUCUCUGUUCCCGGCCUCUGCCACCAUGGCUCUUCCACCGUGCUUGACGAGAGGGAAGCACGAAGAGCUUCUCCACACGCCCCAAUCGGAAUUAUUCGAGAUAAUCGAGUGCGCCAUCACCGUCGCCGCGCUCCGCUGGUCGGAGGAGCUCCUGGCUGAAAAGGAUCGGCUUCUGAAGGGUUUCGACAUGUGUAAGGAUCCUGAGGCCGAGGGAACGCCAAUUAAGGAGACAAGACCCAUCGAAGCAGGGGGUCUUAUGCAAAAGAUGGAGCAAGCAGUGGAGAAUCAAAGAAGAACCAUUCACUUGAAGGUUGACUUGCCGAAUCGUGAUCGUAAAUCGAUGUCCAAGGUAACGACGGAGAUGAAGACGACAAAACCCGUCAACCUUGGAGAUCGCCAGCAAGAAGAGGGGGAAGCAUUGGAGAAUCCCAGAAGAAUCAAAGUCGACUUGCUGUCCAACACUGCCAAACCCGCGCUCCAAAAGGCCGCUACUUCAACGACCGCAGCGGCGAAAAGAAUUUCUCAGACGAAGCGUGACAAUGAAGCAAGGGGAGAUUACGAAAAGAAACUGGAGAUCACGAAGAGAAAGUUGCAGAGCGGGUAUACUGCCUGCGAGGAGUCGAGAAAAUGGUCGAAAGUGAUUGACUUUUGGACAGAGCUUCCGAAGAACACUCAGCAGCAGAUUAUUGGCGACAAAAAAUUCUCGACCGGAAGAGUCGACAACAAGAAGGCCAGGAGCUUUCCCGCUUCUUCCCAGCAGCAGGUCUGCCGACGCCGCCAACUGGUUCCGCUGGAGAUUCAGCACUGCCGUCCACCUCCCCGUUGCUAGCCUUCUCAUGGCAAUUUGCUUCAAGUUCUGGUCAUGUAAUUAACCAAUCAAUUUUUCCCCUCUGAUUUAGGGGACACACUAAUUGAUUCUUUUGUAUAGAGUUAAGGGUUGCGAGUUGGAUUAUGUUCUCUCCCUUGAUAAAUUUUUGUAGUCGUGAACAUAGUUAAUGUUAACUCUCCACCUCUCCAACUCUCCACUCUCUCAUCUCUCUAACAGGUCUUUUCUCUGAACCAUCUAACGGUUCUAUUCCCGUCCCCUCUACUGGGACUUCUUCUGCUCGAGCCAAGAGCCUCCUUGUGAUUUACAUAGAUUGUGAAUCAGAUCUCCACCAAAGGGGUAUCCACCAUAAAGAGGGAAGAUCUGUAGCUUCCAUAGCCAGUCAGAGCUCUCAAUCGAUUGGACAAUACAAUAGAAUUUAUGCG